AUGGAGAACCUGCGUAAUGCCAACAGCAGAUUUGCACUUGAUCUGUUCAGCAGGUUUAAUGAGACCAACCCAACGGGGAAUGUUUUCUUCUCUCCUGUUAGUGUCUCUGCUGCUCUGGCCAUGGUCCUUUUAGGGGCCAAAGGUAAUACAAAAGCACAGGUGCUGAAGACACUUCAUUUUGACAAAGUUCAAGAUAUUCAUUCAAGAUUUCAGACUCUGACUAUGGAUAUAAACAGAUGCAAUGCUCCCUAUCUCUUACGGCUUGCCAGUCGGCUUUUUGGAGAGAAGUCCUACAGCUUUUUGCCGGAUUUCCUGACUAAUACUCGGAAAUUAUAUGGAGCUGAUUUGGCUACAGUUGAUUUUCUUCAGGCUUGUGAUGAAGCCAGGAAGGAAAUUAACCAGUGGGUAGAGAAGAAAACUGAAGGUAAAAUCCCUAAUCUGCUGUCUGAAGGCUCAGUUGAUAACAUGACCAAGCUUGUACUGGUGAACGCUAUUUAUUUCAAAGGCAACUGGGCAGAGAAAUUUAAAGAAGCCGACACCACUGACAUGCCAUUUCGGUUAAAUAAGAAUGAAAGAAAGACAGUGAAAAUGAUGUAUCAGGAAAAUAGAUUUCGUUUUGGUUACAUCCCUGAAGUGAGGAUCCGUAUUUUAGAGCUGCCUUAUGAUGGAAGAGAACUUAGUAUGAUCAUCCUGUUACCUGAUGACAUUGAAGAUGACUCCACUGGACUGCAGAAGCUGGAAAAGCAGCUUACCUUAGAGAAGCUCCAGGAAUGGACAUGUCCAGAGCAUCUAUAUUCCACUGAUGUUCGUGUGCAUUUGCCAAAGUUUAAGCUAGAAGAAAGCUAUGACCUUAAAUCAGAUUUAGCCGCUAUGGGCUUGUUGGAUAUAUUUGACAGUGGCAAGGCUGACUUGUCGGGAAUGUCAGGGGCACAUGACCUCUUUCUCUCAAAAAUUGUCCACAAGACUUUUGUAGAAGUGAAUGAGGAAGGCACGGAAGCUGCAGCUGCCACUGCUGGCAUUGCUAUGCUCUGCAGUGCUAUGGAAGAGGAUUUCAAUGCUGACCAUCCUUUCCUUUUCUUUAUUCGCCACAACCCAACGCAAAGCAUACUUUUCUUCGGCAGAUAUGCUUCUCCAUAAAAGAGAACUUAGCAUUUGCAGACCAGUUCCUGCUGUAGUCAGUGAAAGCUUUGCUCCUGAAUGAGUUGGAUUUUGAUCCAAGAAAGUUAAUGCUCCUGUCUUGAGUAUCUAGUCACUUUUUCACUGAGAUUCUGCCUUUCCCACUAAAACAAUCCCAGAGAAACUGAGAAGUGAUUUAUUUUUCUUUCUUGAGAUUGCCAUAAGCUUUAAUAACUAAGAAAUUCUUAACUGUAGGCAGAAAAAAAUCUUUUUAAAUUGGACUAGAAGUAGAAAUACGCUUGG